AUGCCAUCUUCCUUGAGAGUCGGGGAGGUUCUCGACAUUGGCGGUAGUGGGUUGGGGGACAGUCUGAAGGUAAAACUCAAGGAAGACUUUAUUUCCAGUGAUGGGAAAUCGCCGCGUUCCUUUCCCACGGAGCUUUUUUACUAUGGAUUGGGACUCCAGCUCUGGAAUCAGGUAUGCUGGCUCGCCGAUUACCACCAAACUCGAGACGAGAUCAGUCUUUUAGAGUGCCACGGUGCUGCCAUCUGCGAAGAGAUACCUCUAGGGUGCACCAUCGUAGAUAUGGGCUCUGGAGACAUCCGGAAGCCUGCUUGCCUCUUGCAGCAGUUGGAGUCGUUCAAGAUCCCCGUUUCGUACUUUGCGCUUGACAUCAGUCGAGAUGCUUUGGAGGAGAGCAUGACGUAUCUGGCCAACAGAUACCAGCACGUUAAAUGCUACGGGCUUUGGGGUACCUUUGAAGAUGGUCGCCAAUGGCUUCGAUCGGUGGAUACGCCAAAGUGCGUCCUUUCAAUGGGCUCUAUGUUUGGAAACGACACCUUCGACCUAGCAGUGGAACGUAUGCAACCGUGGCGAGAGGUUCUGGGGCCAUCGGACUUGAUGUUAAUUGGGAUGGAUGCGCGAGGAGGGCGCGAGGAACUGGAAAGAAUGUAUCACGAUAAAGAUGGUGUCUGGGAGAGCUUCAUCCGCAAUGGUUUCAGAGAGUCCAACGAGCUUCUUGGAAAGGCUUGGUACAGAACGGAGGAUUGGGUGUUGAAUGGAGUUAUCGGUGACGAUCCUCCACAUCACAAAUUUUCCCUCCUUGCAACCAAGGAUGUAGAUUGCCCAGAUCUUGGGCUACAUGUCGGCGAAGGCGAAGUAAUUGAGUUUUUCGGAUCCUGGAAAUAUGGACCUGACAUCAUGAAGAUGCAGUUUGAGCAGUCUGGGAUGAUGCUGAAGGGUUGGUGGGCAUCUCCUCUAGGUGAAUUUUGUGAGUAUAUUAAUAUCUUCCCCACCUGA